CUGAGCAGGGCUUGGAGCAGAUGAACCCUGAGGUCCCGUCCAACCUUAACCCUUCUGUGGUUCUGUGUUCCCCAGUGUCCUCCUUUUGGUGACAUCUCAGAGGCUCUUCCUGUCCCACAGCCUCGUUGGGGAGUGAGGAGAGGCUGUGUGUAUGGGGGAGCAGUUCCCUAACAUGCAACCCCCUUCCUGCUGCAGGGCCCAGCGAGUUGGCUGGGCCACAGGGGCUGUGUUAAGGAGUGGCUCUGUACCCCUCUGGCUUGAGCGCAGGUCACAAAGGGACACCUCCGCAUCACAAUGGCAGCUCCCCUUAUGCCACAGCGUGCCAGGCCCUCUCUGUCAGUGCCUCAGUGAGCUCGGGCGCUGAAGGAGGCUCUUGCAUCCAGUUUUCUCUGGAGGACACGAGAAGUCUCUCCGGUAGCUCAGAGUCUCACAGGACAAAGGGAGGCGUAGGAAGGUGCAGGAGCUAUUUGGUGAAGCACAGAGGACAUCAAAAAGAGAGUGUUUCCUAGCAGGAAAAAUCACAGAUCUUUCACUCUCUAGCCUCACGUGCUGACCCAAAGCAGGAUCAUGACAAACUUGGAAGCGCUAAUCACCAACACUGAGCGCUGCAGUGAGGUUGAGGGCUGCACCAAGGUCAUGUUUCCCACUCUCAAGAAGCUUUCUGUCAAUGAUGUCGUCACGAUUUGGGGUGGUGUGUCCAAGCAGGUUCAGCAAUUGCUCAUGCUGACAAAGCCUCGGGCCGUCACUGUAACAGGACUGGGGACAUUCCAUAUUAAAAAAUGGUUAUCUUUUGAAAAUGGCCAGGUGCUCACAUUUCGGAGACCUGUGUUUUCACUGUCCAAGACUCUUGGACAGAUUCGUAAGCUGAAACACCGUUGUGUAUGUGUUCCUGAUGAUAUGAAGAUAGUGGUGCUGAGCUAUGAGAAUAUACGCUUGAACGUCCCCUACACCAAGGAAAUUGUGCAGAGCUGUUUGGAGGAGACCUUGCAAUACUUCUACCGCAUCCUCACAAAUAGGGAAGACACGGACUUCACGUUAAAGGAUGUUGGCACUCUUGCUAUCCGAGGGCAAAGAGUGAAAAUGACAUUUUCUGAAGAGUUUUUACACAGUCUCAACAAGUCCACAUACGUGGUAGAGAAGCUGGUCGCUAAAAAGUUGGUCAGACUGGACAAAGAAACUGCCCUCUUUCCAAGCCAUUUUGGCCGUGCCCACCUGUUCCCUCAGUUUGAGAUUAAGGCGGUACCUCGGCUUGCUAGGGAGCAUCUUGCAGAGGAAGAGAUGCUUAAUGAACAAGGUACGUCUCUUUAUACAUUACAACUUCUGCGAUUGCGAAGGAGACUUUCUCCAAACACAUUGGCCACAGCUGAAGUGAAGGAAGAAGCAGAGGAGAAAACAAAGGCAAAAGAGUCUCCUGGCAGACUGUUCCCUGAAUGUCCAGACCCAGAAGGAAGGCAGCACAAAGAAACUCCCCGCAAGAGGCUUAAAUUGCCUUUGCUUACUUCUGAAGAUCAUAGACACACAGGACAGGAAGCACGCUCUGUACUGGGGAUGCAGGUUGGAGGGAAACUGGAGGCAUCCGUGGCCAGCAAGGAGAAAGAAGAGACCAGAGAAGCAAAAAGGGUCACAUCUCCAGAAGUGCUGGAACAGCAAGAUGAGAGACAAAGCGAUGAGAUGUGGAUGGCCCAGCGCGCCUGGCAGCCGCCGCGCCGAAGCCCCUGCCCGCGGGCGGGCCGCCCGCCCCGGGCCCCGCCCCGGCGGCCCCAACCUCACCCGCCGGCGGCCCCAGCGUCGCGCUGCCCGGCACCUCCCGCCGACAUGGCUCCGGCCCGGCUCCACCGCCUCCGCGCGAGCCGCGGCGUCAUUUCCGGCCUCCCAGCGAGCCUGCAAGGCCCCUUCCGGGCGCUGCCAUGUUUGUCUUUAAACGGAAAGCAAGGAGGUUUGCUCCAUGCUCCAGAUGUUGCAUUCGUUUUUGCUCCCUGUAUGGCAAGACCAGACUCUCCCUGUUUGAAACCAACUCAGGACACCGAUUUCUGUCAUUUGUCCGUUUUUCAGCAGCUACAGGAAGAAGAAGAUAGCCUCAGCUCCCCAGAGAUCACCUGUGAUACAAAAGAUGAUCUACAAAAGCUGGAGGCUUGGAUUCAGGAGAGGAAGCAACUCCGAUCUCAGCUGGAAAGCUUUGGAGAUGUUGAAAAAUGGCUGAGUCAUAAACCUACCUUUAGCAGCCUGGAAGAAAGAGUCAGGAAACGAAUAAUGGCAGCUGGAGUAGACCAGAGGGCUAAAAGCAAGUCAGCCGUGACCGACAGGCCAGACUGCUCACCACCAACAAGGAGCCAGACCCGGAAGAAGGGUAGCCUUCCCCUUAUUCGUGCACCAUACCCUCAAGCUCUUAUCAAACUGCAUAACCUCCUACAACAACAGAAGUUGACAAUGGUAGACAUCUUCAGAAAGGCUGGAAUGGAACAGAGAAAGAUCAUGAGAGCAGACUUCAUUAAAGUCAUCAAGGAGACAAAAGUUCCCAUCAGUGACAAGGAACUGGAGGAUGUGGUCAUCUUCUUGACUUCUUCAAAACGGGGGAAUUAUAUAAGCAGUGAAGAUCUGAUUGAAUGUCAAAAGCAGUGGCUGGAAAUGAGGAAAGGACAGCCCAAAGAGACCAGCAAAGAUGUACAGCCUCAGGUCCGGAGAAAUGCUUGCAAAGCUGCCACUUCUCCACCUUCUGCUGGGGACAAAGCUGUGGGGACGAAGCCUUGCUCUCCUACCGAGCCCAAAGAAAAGCUUACACUCUUGGAAGUGCCCCCAGUCAACACUGAGCCAGGCCGGCGACAUUUAAACUGUGACAAAAUGGAAGAGGUUGGAAAACUCUCAAGAGAGAGGAGACGGCUGGAGAAGAUCAAAGACAGCCCGAUAGAAUGGAAAGAAAAGUGUCGGCUGGUGAGAUCUGGGGAUGCACCCGUUGAUGAACACUGCCUGCCAUCAACUACAGAGGGUGACAUGGGAGCACUGGUUGACCAGUAUCGCAGAAAUGCCGUUGUGAACUAUAUGAAUUGCUCCAAGCUGUGCAAGGAGCGUAACAUUUGUCUCACUGACAGAGCGCUGCAAAGAGGCCUGCUGCACCCAGGAGACAAGAUCAUCAAAGAAGGAGAAGACGUGAGGAAGAUCAGGCAGCCUGGAGGAUACUACAGCACAGGACAUGCUGACGCCACAUCUUCUCUGAGCAUGUCCAAGUCAAAAAGUGCAUCAGGAAAACAGGCCAAAGAGGCAGAAAACAGGCCUCUUGAGAAGAAUAAGAAUCAAAAGUCAAGCGACAAUAACUUCUGGCCAGGCCAUCUCCUGGACAAGAUGCGCCUGUACUUUCCAGAUAAGGAGCUUGACAGGGCACACGCCUUGUUUAGCUAUGUUCCCCCAGCCAGGCCUGCCUACCGUGGCAUCUAAAACCCUGGCUACAGCUAGCUCAUCAGAGCCAGGAUACUUGGCCUCUAGAGACGCUCCAUUCGAGAAAACUCACUUCACCUGAAGUUCUUCUCCUAGCAGCAUGAGAUGUGUGCACAGCUUUGUGACUCAUCAGGUCAGCUCAUGGGAUCUGGGCCAAGUUCAUGGAGAUCAUCAUCAACUAUCCUGAGUUGGAAGGGGCUCACAAGGACUGAUCAUCAAGUCUAACAGCUGGCUUCACACAGGACUACCUAAAAAUUAAACCAUGUAUCUGACAGUGU